CAAUAUCACAAAUUUGGCCAUAUCUUCUUAGACAAAUAAAACAGUAGAUGCAACAUGCAUGAACAUCAUCAUCAUCAUCAUCAUCAUCAUCAUCAUCAUCAUCAUCAUCAUCAUAUAUAAAAACCUUCAUUUACUACAACUUCUAUGCAAAGUCAUAAAACUUCAAAUUCAAUUGACCAAUUCACAAUUCCACAAUCAUGUUAUCUCUAAACCUUAAAUUGACCAUAGUCAUACUCAUUUCAAUUUUAUCCAUUAUCAUUUCACAUGCUCAAACAACAAAAACAACAAUUGAAGUUGAAAUUGAAGCAUUAAAAGAAUUCAAAAAAUCCAUAACAAAUGAUCCAAACAAAAUCCUUGCAAAUUGGAUUGACACAACACCUCAUUGUAAUUGGUCAGGAAUUGAAUGUAACAACCAAACAUCAUCAAAACAUGUUAUAUCAAUUUCACUUUUUGAACUUCAACUUGAAGGUGAAAUUUCACCAUUUAUUGGUAACAUUUCAACUCUUCAACUUCUUGAUUUAACUUCAAAUUCAUUCACUGGUCAAAUUCCACCACAAAUUGCUCAAUGCAUUCAACUUACAACACUUUAUCUUACUGAUAAUUCUCUCUCAGGUUCAAUUCCUCAUGAAUUAGGUAACCUAAAAAAUUUACAAUUUUUGGAUUUAGGUAGUAACCAUUUCAAUGGAACUUUACCUAAUAGCAUAUUCAAUGUUACUUCUUUGUUAGGUUUUGCUUUCAAUUUCAAUAAUCUUAGUGGCACAAUCCCUUCAAAUAUAGGAAAUUUAGUUAAUGUUAUACAAAUUGCAGGAUAUGGGAAUAGCUUUGUUGGAUCUAUACCUGUUUCUAUAGGUAAAUUAGGGUUUUUGAAAUCUCUUGAUUUUAGUCAAAAUAAGUUAUCUGGUGUGAUUCCUAGAGAGAUUGGAAAUUUAACAAAUUUACAAAAUCUGUUAUUGUUGGAUAAUUCAUUGAGUGGAAAAAUUCCUUCUGAGGUUGCUCAUUGUAGAAAUCUUGUUUUUCUUGAGUUAUAUGAGAAUGAUUUCAUUGGAAAUAUUCCUCAUGAGUUAGGAAAUUUAGUUCAAUUAGAAACUUUGAGGUUAUUUGAUAAUAAGUUGAAUUCAACUAUACCAGAUUCUAUAUUUAAGUUGAAAUCAUUAACACAUUUAGGAUUAUCAGAAAAUAACUUAGAGGGAACAGUUUCUUCUGAGAUUGGAUCUUUGAGUUCCUUAAAAGUGUUAACUUUGCAUUUAAAUAAGUUUACCGGAACGAUUCCUUCAUCGUUAACAAAUUUGAGAAACUUGACAUCUCUUUCCAUGAGUCAGAAUCUUUUUUCUGGUGAAAUUCCUUCGAACUUAGGUGUGCUUCAUAAUUUGAAGUUUCUUGUCUUGAAUAACAAUUUUUUACAUGGUCCUGUUCCUCCUAGCAUUAUCAAUUGUACUAGUUUGGUAAAUGUGAGUUUAUCUUUUAAUGCAUUAUCUGGGAAAAUUCCUGAGGGUUUUUCAAAGCUACCUAAUUUGACUUUUUUGUCUCUUGCAUCCAACAAAAUGAGUGGUGAAAUUCCAAAUGAUCUCUUUAACUGUUCAAACCUUAGUACUCUAAGUUUGGCGGAAAACAACUUCAGCGGAUCGAUAAAAUCCGGUAUCAAGAAUCUGUUUAAUCUCAUGCGUUUACAGCUGCAUGUAAAUGCUUUCGUAGGACCAAUUCCACCAGAGAUUGGAAACUUGAAUAAACUCAUCUCUUUGUCUCUUUCUGAAAAUAGAUUUUCAGGUCAUAUUCCAAUAGAAUUGUCAAAACUUUCUCUUCUCCAGGGACUUUCUCUUGAUGACAAUGUAUUAGAAGGUACAAUACCUGAUAAACUUUCGGAACUAAAACAAUUGACUGAACUUUGGCUGCAUGACAACAAGUUAGUUGGUCACAUACCGGAUUCUAUCUCAACGCUUGAGAUGCUUUCAUACUUGGAUCUUCAUGGAAACAAACUUAACGGUUCCAUUCCGAAAAGCAUGGGGAAGCUUGAUCAUCUUUUAAUGUUGGAUCUCUCUCACAACCAACUCACAGGAUCGAUUCCCGGAGAUGUCAUUGGACACUUCAAAGACAUGCAGAUGUAUCUUAACCUUUCUUACAAUCACUUUGUUGGAAAUGUUCCUUCUGAGUUGGGGAUGUUGGAAAUGGCACAAGCAAUUGAUGUUUCAAACAAUAAUCUUUCAGGUGUUCUUCCAAAGACACUUGUGGGAUGCAGAAAUAUGUUUAGCCUUGAUUUCUCAGGAAACAAUAUUUCAGGUCCUAUUCCUGCUGAAGUUUUUAGUGGUAUGGACUUGCUUCAAAGCUUAAAUCUUUCGAGAAACCAUUUAGAUGGUGAAAUCCCUAAAAGCUUGUCACAGCUUAAGAAUCUUAGUUCCUUAGAUCUUUCUCAGAAUAACUUGAAGGGAAGUAUUCCUGAGGGAUUUGCCAACCUUUCCAACUUGAUGCAGGUCAACUUUUCUUUCAAUCAACUUGAAGGUCCUGUACCUUUGACCGGAAUCUUUGCGCAUAUGAAUGCAUCUAGUAUAAUGGGAAACCAGGCUCUUUGUGGAGCAAAAUUCCUAAGGCCAUGCAGAGAGAAUGGUCAUUCUGUAUCCAAGAAGGCCGUAGCUAUCCUUGCUUCCCUUGGAUCUCUUGCUGUACUUCUACUUGUAGUGCUUCUCAUUUUAUAUCUCAACCGAGGCACCAUAUUUGGUAAUUCUGCAAAGACUGGUAAUACUGAGAAUCAUGAAUCAGUGCAUGGUUCAUCAGUGGGUCUUAAAAGAUUCAGUCCAAAGGAAUUAGAAUAUGCCACCGGUUGUUUCAGCUCAGACUACAUCAUCGGUGCUAGCAGUUUGAGCACCGUUUACAAGGGUCAAUUUGAAGAUGGUCAGGUUGUAGCAGUAAAAAGCUUGAAUUUGCACCAAUUCUCUGCAAAUACCGACAAGAUCUUCAAGAGAGAAGCCAGUACCUUGAGCCAGCUGAGACAUAGGAAUUUGGUUAAGAUACUUGGAUAUGCAUGGGAAAGUCAGAAAAUAAAGGCUUUAGUUUUAGAGUACAUGGAGAAUGGGAAUUUGGAUAGCAUCAUACAUGAUAAAGAGGUAGAUCAGUCGAGGUGGACAUUAUCUGAAAGAGUCCGCGUUUUCAUUUCUAUCGCGAGUGGAUUAGAUUACUUGCACUCUGGCUAUGGUUCUCCCAUUGUCCACUGUGAUCUUAAGCCUUCUAACAUCCUUUUAGAUAGAGAUUUUGAAGCUCAUGUCAGUGAUUUUGGAACAGCUCGAAUACUUGGUCUUCAUCUGCAGGAUGGUAGUGCCCUUUCCUCAACGGCAGCUUUGCAAGGCACAGUUGGUUAUUUGGCACCAGAAUUUGCCUACAUGAAGAAAGUAACGACUAAAGUGGACGUGUUCAGCUUUGGUAUCAUAGUAAUGGAAUUUCUAACAAGAAAAAGGCCAACAGGGCUCUCAGAAGAGGAUAGCUCGCUAAUCAGUUUGCGUGAUGUAGUGGCAAAAGCCGUUGCAAAUGGAACAGAACAGAUAAUCAACAUUGUGGACCCUGAAUUGAUCACAAAAGACAAUGGAGAAGUGUUGGAAGAGCUCUUUAAACUAUCAUUGUGCUGCACCUUCUCUGAGCCUGAACAUCGACCUAAUAUGAAUGAAGUUUUAUCUGCACUUAUGAAGCUUAAGACAGCAAGAUAGUAUUACUGUCAUGCCAGUUUCUUCAUUACUAGUUUCUUUAACAAUGUAAAGCCUUCCUAGUAUCCAUUUUACUUUUCCAGUUAUGAUGUAAUGUAUGCAACAAAUUAUCAAGGGACUUUGAAUCUGCAAUUAAUUCCUUCAGUUUAAUGCAGAGAUAUCAAUACA